UUAAACUAAUAAAUCAAUUAUUUUGUACAAAAUAAGAGACCAGUUUAAAUCAGAAUUUACUGAACAUGGCGGCUGCUGUGGAGGAGGAGUUUAUUGGAAACGUCACAUUCAUUUCAUCCAAUACACGGUCUGAUAUCCCACGCCCCACACCGUUCCGGACCAAUCACAGCUGUCGUUGCUCCUCCGCUCUCCAUAUAAGCUCGCUGUUGCCGCUCAGCCUUCACUCGUUUCUUUACUGUUUGAGCAGCGAACAUCGCGAAAGCACAAUGGCCAGAACCAAACAGACUGCCCGGAAAUCCACCGGAGGAAAAGCUCCUAGGAAGCAGCUGGCCACCAAGGCUGCCCGUAAGAGUGCCCCGGCCACCGGAGGCGUCAAGAAACCUCACCGCUACAGGCCCGGUACCGUGGCUCUGAGAGAGAUCCGUCGCUACCAGAAAUCCACAGAGCUGCUCAUCCGCAAGCUGCCUUUCCAGCGCCUGGUCCGAGAGAUCGCUCAGGACUUCAAGACCGACCUGCGCUUCCAGAGCUCGGCUGUCAUGGCUCUGCAGGAGGCCAGCGAGGCUUACCUGGUCGGCCUCUUCGAGGACACCAACCUGUGCGCCAUCCACGCCAAGAGGGUCACCAUCAUGCCCAAAGACAUACAGCUGGCCCGCCGCAUCCGUGGAGAGAGAUUCCCGGUCGGUCGUGUCCACAGGCUGCUGAGGAAGGGCAACUAUGCGGAGCGUGUGGGUGCCGGCGCUCCCGUCUAUCUGGCGGCCGUGCUGGAGUACCUGACCGCUGAGAUCCUGGAGCUGGCUGGAAACGCUGCUCGCGACAACAAGAAGACCCGUAUCAUCCCCCGUCACCUGCAGCUGGCUGUCCGCAAUGAUGAGGAGCUCAACAAGCUGCUGGGCGGAGUCACCAUCGCUCAGGGCGGUGUGCUGCCAAACAUCCAGGCUGUCCUGCUGCCCAAGAAGACCGAGAAGCCUGCCAAGUCAAAGGAAGACAGAGAAAGUGCAAUAGCCAGAACCAAACAGACUGCCCGGAAAUCCACCGGAGGAAAAGCUCCUAUGAAGCAGCUGGCCACCAAGGCUGCCCGUAAGAGUGCCCUGGAAACCGGAGGCGUCAAGAAGCCUCACCAUUACAGGCCCGGUACCGUGGCUCUGAGAGAGAUCCGUUGCUACCAGAAAUCCACAGAGCUCCUCAUUCGCAAGCUGCCUUUCCAGCGUCUGGUCCGAGAGAUCGCUCAGGACUUCAAGACCGACCUGCUCUUCCAGAGCUCGGCUGUCAUAGCUCUUCAGGAGGCCAGCGAGGCUUACCUGGUCGGCCUCUUCGAGGACACCAACCUGUGCGCCAUCCACGCCAAGAGGGUCACCAUCAUGCCCAAAGACAUACAGCUGGCCCGCCGCAUCUGUGGAGAGAGAGCUUAGACCCACCACACUUUUACACCCAACACAACGGCUCUUUUAAGAGCCACAAGUGUUCACUAGGAGAGCUUUACCUCCCAUUUAUUCAUUUCAAAU